AUGGCUGCAGUAGGUCAAAGUCUUUCUCGUAUAAACCCCUCUGUGGGUGGAAAACUUCAUAACAACGGUGCUCCACGAGUUCGACUCGAUGCGACAAUGAACACUCACACAUCGCCAGGACGACCAUCUCUGGAUUGUCGACUCGAAUCGAUCGCCGAAGAAGACGAAGACGUUGAAAUGUUAGCUGAAAAGGCUUUUCUGUUCCAGUAUCGACUUUCUUACAACCCCGGCACUGGUCAAUAA